AUGUUUAAAAACAACAACGAUGAAAAAUGCAAAAAGAAUUUGCAAAAUGGUAUCCAAGUAAAGAAAGAUUUAAUCAAAAAUAUAAAUAAAAGUAACAAUCAUAUAAAAAGGAAAUGGAAUAAAAAAAAUAAAGCGAUACAAAAUAAUAUUACCAAUAAGGACACAGUUAAAUGUGUCUUAAAUAAAUGUAUUGAAUUAAAAAGUUAUAUAAUAACGUACAAAAUGAACUUUAAAAGUAUUCUAAAUGAUUUAUUUAAUGAAUAUAUGUUUUUAAAAAGAUAUAUGAUUUGUAAUUAUAAUGUUUAUCAUAAGAUAAAAUUUUAUCAUUGUUGUAACCAUUCUUUAAAAAAACUUAAUAAUGUAUUGCUUAUAUUGCAUACUGUUAUAGAAAAAGAUGAUGAAUAUUUAUUGUUUGAGUUAUAUGAUGAAAUAAAGAAUAAUUUAAGGUUACUAUAUUACGUUGGAAGAAUAUUGUCGAAUAAUUUAACAUGUAUCGCUUAUAGAAAACCUGUAUAUGUAAUUAUAACAUGCGUUGCAAGAAUUCACACGCUAUUGAAUUGCCUUCUUGUAUCUGAUCCUUUUAAACACAUUAUACCACAGAUAUCAAAUUUGAUUCGAAACAUUUAA